AGGGCUUUCCCUGGACUGCGUACACUAAGCGCCGCACACACAGCAGAGCAGAACAGAGCACCAUGUUUGGCGCUCAACCUUCUUCUUCUCCUUCUCCUUCUCUCUUCGGCACCCCUUCUGCUUCAACCCCAGCAUUCGGCACCCCGUCUUCAACUCCAGCCUUUGGUACCCCAUCUUCAACCCCAGCAUUUGGUUCUUCCCUUUUCUCCUCACCUUUUACUCCUCAGCAAACCCCGCUUUUUCAACAACAACAACAACCCUCUACUGGUUUUUCCUUUCAGAAUUCUCCCGCACCACAACAGCAACAACAACCCACUCCAUUCCCCAAUGCUCAAUUGACUACUCAGAUGGCUAACGUUGCUCCCGUUCCUUACUCUCUCCCCGAUCGCGAUGUUCAAGCAAUUGUUGAUGCUUACAAGGAAGAUCCUGGAAAUCCCAAAUUCGCUUUUAAGCAUUUGUUAUUCAGUGUAACAGAACCACAGUUUAGGAUGAAGCCUGCUGGUAUUUCAGAUAUCAUGUGGGCAGAGGCUAUGGGGAAGCUUGAGGGGAUGGAAAGUGCUGAUAGAGAACGUCUGUGGCCGCAAGUUGUUCAGGGUUUUAAGGAUCUUUCCCAACGCCUUAAGAUCCAAGAUGAAGUCAUAGCUUCUGAUGCAGAGAGGUUACGUGUAACCCAGAGCAAUGUGAAAAUGCUCCAAAGACAUUUUCAAGCUGAUACUCUACCUUGGAUUCAAAGGCUGAAACAGAAAGAACAAAUUCUCCAGCAACGUCUUUUAAGAGUAAUGCGCAUAGUGGAGGCACUCGAGGGAAAAGGAUGCCGUAUACCCCUGACAAAAGGGGAAGCUGAACUUGCUGAGAAAUUAGCCACAAUAACUAGACAGCUGAAAGGAUCCGGAGCGGAACUCACUAGGAGGGUACAAAAUCUAUUAACUGUAUCUCGUGUUCAGGCUAAGAGCAAUGGAUUUGGUGGCCCAGUUUAUCUUCCGGGAUCAACAAAAAUUCAUGAACAGAGUCUGACUGACCUGCAGGAGGUCUUACAGCAGCAAAUGGAGGCCAUAGCAAGACUUGGAAGUGUUCUGAAGCGAGAUGUACGGGAUAUGGAGAUUAUGAUUGCUGAGGACACAGGAGCAACCGAAAACGGGAAUUGAAUCUCAACUUGCUUAAGAAAAUCUCAGUUAUUCCUGCUUCAUAUUUGCUCUUGAAUUUUUCUAAUCUUCCGUGAUUUGCUAAUGUAGUGAGCACAUUGAUAGUACAUUUGUGCUGUUUGGAACUUCUUAUGUUCUUCAAGGGUUAAAGGAAUAGGUUGCUAAGUCUAUGUUUGGUGUAAAAUAUAGAAUCGAAUAGAACGUAAUACAAAGUUUAUUCGGUAUGUUGAAAACAGAAUUCAGCAAGACAAGAAAGCAUAUAGUACUAGUACAUGCUCAAUUCCUCUACUCUUUCA